GUGUUGUGCCUUGCCAAUGUUGCCAAUGGCCACACCUAGUUCUGAAUAGGUUAAUGCUGUUGGCUCUUAGGAAAGUUCUUCGUGUGUAGAAUUGUGGUUUUGUUAAUACUACAGAAUUGGUAUAUAAUUUUUCUCGUGAACAUUUACAGUGAUUUCAUUACUUGAGCACAAUAUACUAAACAACAAGAUUAAAGGGCGAGAAAUGAAUUUUGGAAGGAAAACUCCAAGUAUGGGGACACCCUCAGUAUACUCCCAUAUGACCACAAGGUCAUCGGCUAAUCUGAAAUCAUCUCGUUCCAUGCGUUCUAUCAGAAUUCCAUGGUAUCAGAGGCCAAUAUUGCAAGAUGCUAUUGUGUUGGAUAUCCAAAGAGGGGCUCUUGUGACUGGAAUUUACUCCUUAUUGCUGAGUCUCUUCACAAUUUUCACGGCCAUGUUUGAUAUCUACUGCCUUUCCCAGGCUGCACCUGGCUCCACCCACUAUGGAUACUACAUUAUCAGCUUCGAAUUUGUAUAUGUUGGAAAUGUCCAUGUUCGCAAUGCAAUGAUUGUGUUUGCCUUAUUUUCUCUCAUUGGUGGAAUGGCAGUGUUUGUCACAAGUAUAAUCCUCAUCAUAGCCUUGAGAAAAGAGUAUGAGAAGAAGAUGGUUCCUUGGCUUUACUGCUUUGCUGUAUUUACACUGUUUCGGCUGUUUGCAUUUGUGUUUGGAUCAGUAGUGAAUGACAUGAUAUUUGGAUACAACAUUGCUAUGUGCCUUCUGUGGAUUCUCUAUACAGUGGCCAGUGUGUAUGGCUGGCUACUGGUGUAUUCUCUGUACCUUGAACUGUCUGACCUAACCAAGCUCGAAGAUUUAGCUCACCUCAGGAUGGGGACAAUGGCAUCACUGAAUGCAUCUACAACUCAUUCAAUAGCUGGGUCACGCCCAACAACACCACAUAGUACUGUGUCCACAGCUCCAGUGAUGUGAAGAUAUGAAGAUCAUGUUCAGAAUAUUUCAUUUGGCUGAAGAGGUGACAAAGUCAAGUGUUCAUUAUUCUAUAUCAUAACAGUACAUUCCCACAGUCUGCAUUUCCAAACUGUAAUAAAUGAUGGUUUUAAUAAUAGGUUAGAUGCAACAUACUUCACCUUUCUCUGAAAGACAAGCAGAAACUCGUCCGUGUGUGGGUCGCAAAGUUGGGAGUCAGCUCAGGCGUUUGUGGUGAAAUUAAUCCCAGCCUGGCUUCCGAGUCAAGCUUGGUAGUGUAGUUGACUGAGGCACUAUUCUACAAGCCGGAAGGUCACUGGUUCAAGUCCCGAUGAGGCCAUUGGAUUUUUUCAAUUUACCUAAUCCUAGCCACACUAUGGCAUCGACUCAGCCUCUAACAGACAUAAGUAUUCUUAAGGGAUACAUAAGGGAUAUUCUUGAAAUAUUCUUGGGAGUAAAGGGCGGCCAGUGUGUAAGGCUGACAACCUUGCCACCCUCUAUGAGCC